AUGCCCAAGUUCACCACCUCAGAAAUCACAGCAGCUCUUACCAUUAAGCCCGCCCUCCUCUCCUCCUUUACAGUCCCCGAUCAGAUCACAAUCGCACAAUCACUCGCGCACCUCGAGCUCCUCAGAUGCCUCGAAAAUGAGCCGCAAGGCCGGCACUGGAUAACGCCAAAGAAUGGGGGUCAUGUAUACGAAUACGUCGACGUCCCUGGGGCGAUAGAGUACCACACCUCUCUUACGAAGGGAAGAGCCGUCAGAGCCCUACCCAACGAAGUCCUCGCCCAAAUAUUCUCGUACGUCGAGAAAGAGGACGUCGAUGGCGUGCGUGCCCCCUACAAGAACUACUCCCUCGUCUGCAAGAAGUGGUACACCUUUGUCCGGAGCCACGCGCCCCUCUGGAAUCGACUCAAAAUCGACGUCGGACGAAUGAACGUCAAGCACAGCCUCCUCAAAAGUGCCCUACUCAGCUCCAAGAACACCAAGCUCGAGGUGACUCUGGAAACCUCCCCGACGCCGCGUACUACCCCAAUGUCGGUGGAAGAAUUAAGGUGGGUACCAGUCCUGUGCAAGUCGCGCGAGCGCUGGACAUCCCUUUGCGUAACCGGCACGGUCAUCAAGCGACUCACCGGUCUGCGCAUCCUCGGACCGGACGUCACUCUCCCCAACGUCCACGAGCUAACCUUCAUCUCGGGGGAGUACCGAAGCGAGGGCACGACACCGCGCGCCAUCCGACGCCCGCCCCGCUCCACCAUUAACUACCGCGUCGACCGCCUGAUCGGAAAACUUCCCCUGUGCACCACCGUCCACGUCGUAGGAACAUGCGGUGUGCAGCGCACCAUCACCUCGGACCUCCUUGCGGACUCAGUCACCUCUCUCUCUUUCAACGCAGGGCCCCAAGGAUGGGUCGUGCAGAUGCCCUACAUCGUGGACUACCUGCGCCGGGGAGCCAGCCGCCUCGAGCGAGUCGUGCUCGGUGGUAACGAGACGCUCCCCGGCAGCUUCCACCCCCGCAUCGUCGAACCCCAACAGGACAUCAGGGUAAAUUCCAGCUCUAUCCCCAUCAUCACGAUGGCCAAGCUGCGCGUCCUAGAGCUCUCAAUGCCAAACUCCACCCCCUACCUCCGGUUCAUCCGGACACCCGCACUCGAAGAGCUGACCCUCACAUUCGGCGAUCCAUACUUCACCGCCCAGUUCGGACCUUCGGCGAACGGGGGAGACGCGCUCCUCCCCUGGAUAUUGCAGAAUUUACAGGUUGACAGUGAACGCGAUUUUGUUGUGAAGAAACUCGUCAUCAAGGGAUUGGAGGAAGGGGCAAUCACCACAGGACUUCUCACCGCCCUGCUCGGCUUCGACAGGGUGGAGAAGUUGGAACUAGUCCUCACUCCUCCCAAGAUCUCUCAACCAGAGUCUGAAGCGACGGGCCCGUCCGACGGACCACACCCAGCCACGACAUCCAUCAUCCCCCUCCCCGAAGAGGUCGCACCCGACAACACCAACUUUGAAGCCAUCUUUUCAAAACUGCGAACGUACGCUGUGACAAACUUCAGCACCGACCCGGUUCGAAAAGGGCCGUGGUUCUUCUACCUGCCCAAAUUGGCCGAGCUUGAUGUGAGUUUUGAAACAGAACCCAGCGCAGACCUUUUGGCAUUCGUCAAUCAGCAGGCUUACAUGGUUGCGAGCAUGAGGGGGAGUGGAGUUCAAGUUAGAGUUUGUGGUCGAGCCGUGAGAUGA